AUGUUCCCUCUGCAGCUCCUCGCUCUGGUCUUCAUCUCCUCCACAGCACCAGAGACUCCUCCUGAGGAGGAGGAGAAGAAGCAGAAGUUUGACCUGAUGUUCAGGAGGGGGGACCUGCUGGAGGUCCCUCGGACCCUCUUUACACAUUUUGGGAUCUACCUGGGGGGAGGCAGAGUGGCUCACUUCAUCCGAGACAUCCUGCCGGUGGUCUCCGGUGACACAAUUCUGAUCAAACAGAUAGUCACCAACACCCGGCUCAUACUGGGAGUCCUGGCCAAGUGUGGCAGCGUGAGGGUGGACUCUGUGGAGGACUUCGCCUACGGAGCCGAGAUCCUGGUCAACCCCAUGGACAAGGUGCUCAGUGAUCGGGUCAAAUAA